AUCUCUUCUCAUUCUCUCUUCAAAAAUAUAUCGGAAAUUUCUGAAGUUUUUCAAUAAUUUUCUUGAGCUAUGACGGCCCAGAAAUUUGCAACAGGAAAGAAUCAGGAAGAAAGUGUGGGCGACCGUUUCUAAAUUUUCAGGGGUUACAUCGAUAGCAAUGGAUGACAAAACCGGAAAAAUGACGGUAGUUGGUGAAGUUGAUGUACCGGUUAUCGUAAAGAAGCUAAGGAAGAUAUGUAAUGCAGAGCUUGUUACGGUUGAAGUUGUUAAACCAUCUGAGAAAAAGCCUGAACCGGAGAAACCGACUCCAGCUAUUGUUACACAGUUUAGCUACCCGUACCAAUAUCAUUAUUCUUAUGCAAAUUCUUACUAUCAACCAUACGAUAAUUACAGAGUUGUGGUGGAGGAACCAAAUACUUGUGUGGUUAUGUGAUAUUCUAGUUCUCUUUCAAUAAAUUCAGUUUUGGUUGAUGUAAAAAAAAAAUCAAUUUUGGUCUAUGAACACUUAAUUCAAUU